AUGACAACCGCCAUCAAAAGCAUCGGCGUCGUCGGAGCCGGAAACAUGGGCUCUAUGAUGACCCUCCGCUUCGCUGAGCUUGGCCUCCAAGUCUCGGUCUGGGAUGUAGUAAAGAAGAACGUGGACGAAGUGGUGAACUACGCAAAGCAGGACGACGCCAUCACAGGCCGAGUUCAAGGCUUCUAUGACAUCAACAAAUUCACGAAGAGCCUAGAGGGCAAAUCUGAACGGAAGGUCUUCAUGUUUUCCAUCACGCACGGUCACCCCGCCGACGAAGUACUCCGCAUGAUUAAACCCGACUUGAAAGAGGGCGACAUCGUCCUCGACGGCGGAAAUGAGAACUACCGGAACACCGAGCGGCGCCAGAGAGAGUGUGAAGAGAUCGGCGUCUCCUGGAUCGGAAUGGGCGUUUCGGGUGGGUAUCAGUCUGCGCGACGGGGACCCAGUCUCUCGCCUGGUGGAGAUGCCAAGGCCCUCGAGCUUGUUAUGCCAUUCUUGGAGUCGUAUGCGGCCCAUGAUCCCAAAACAGGAGCUCCGUGCGUGAAGCGCAUGGGUCCCGGUGGAUCGGGCCACUACAUCAAGAUGGUUCAUAAUGGCAUCGAGGGUGGAAUGCUUUCUGCUCUUGCUGAAACAUGGCAAUACAUGCAUGAGGGACUGGCCAUGGAGCAUGGCAAAAUCGGAGAUGUCUUCAAUAAAUGGAGUGAGUCUGGCGAGCUGCGGGGCAACUACCUGGUAAACAUCGGUGCCGACAUGCUACACAAAAAGAGAACUCCCCACGGUGACCGCAAAGGCGAGGGAGCCAGCCGGGAUAAUGGAUAUGUGCUCGACGACGUGCUUGAUAAAGUAGUCCAAGACGACGAUAACACUGAAGGCACUCCAUACUGGUGUCUCAUGGAUGGAAAUCGCAUAGAGCGAGCGCGUGUUGCGAAGAAGAUGGAGAUGCCCAUGCCGAAACCGAUUGAGGGAACCCGGGACCACGCAGUGAUCAUCGAGAACCUAAGACAAGCUGUGUUCUGCUCGUUCCUGGCAUCUUUCUGUCAGGGCCUGGAGCUGAUUUCCCGGGCCUCGAAAGAUGAAGGCUGGAAUAUUGACUUGGGCGACUGUCUGCAGAUCUGGCGAGCGGGUUGUAUCAUCAAGUCCGAUUACAUUGCGGAUCUACUGCAGCCGGCGCUUGCAGGCAACAAUGAGCUGACGAAUGCCAAGUUUGUGGAUGCGGUCUCGCAUGAGUUGCGCCAGAACUUCCACAGUCUUAAGCAGAUUGUCAUGGAGGGAACCAUGUUUGAUCAGUAUAUUCCGGCUCUCUCGGCUACUCUGGAAUAUCUCAAGUAUGAGGGUGGAUUGGGACUGCCGACACAGUUCAUGGAGGCGCAGAUGGACUACUUCGGUUCACACAGCUACAACAAGCCUGGUAUUCCAGGUGAGGAUCCAGGACCUGUUCACAAGGGUCCUCAUCAUUAUGAGUGGCUGCCGGCUUAG